AUGUUCAUCCAAGGCGCUGGUUUCAGUGGUACACGUUGGAAACCAAGUCUAAACAGAAAUGGACAAGCGGUAUCUCUAACAACUGCUCAUACCCACGGUGUUUUCUGUCCAAGGUCACGCGUACAGAGCGCACCGGCAAGCGCCGCUGGGGUGCAUCGCUCGACCGCACUGCCGCAUCGAGGCGUUAUUGGCCUCCAAGCCAAGAAAGGUAAACCUAAUGCUCCACUGGCACCGCCUAGCGAACUAGAGGUUCCUGAAGACGGUACACCGGUGUUUGCAAUUCUCGCGCGUAGUCCCGUCUCGGGGCUGUGGUACCCACUGGGCACCAUGAGAGGCGACGGGCGCGCGAAGAUGCUGGUUAACGCUAUGCGCACGAGCUGGGGACGCAAAUUCUAUGGCGACACUUUGAACAAGGGAGUGGCACGCUCUGUUUUCAGUGAGCAGGGGCGUCGCAUGAUCCACGCCGCCCUGCGCAAGUACUCCGCGUUGCGAAAGUAUACCGCUGAUGACCUGGAGUACGGCUACCGCGUUAUUGCGAAAGAUUUUGACUAUCCGACGCAGAUGAUUCGACCCGAACAAGCUAUGAGCCUUAUCCAAUGGUUAAAAAUGAAACUGGGUCGCGGUAAACCGCCCUCUAUUGCAAUGAAGGAUGAGUCCACGGAGUGGCGCAAGUGA